CUGGUCUUCUCCAGCGGUGUCGUGGAGAAAAAAAAAAUAACUCCGGGUGGGAGAGGGUGCUGACUCUAAACUAAAGGCGUUAGACGUUCACUCUAAAAUUGAACACUAUUUAAUGGCUCACGACAUUUUACAUUUGGACGAGGCUUGUCGCGCAGUUAGACGGCGAAACCAAGUGACGUUUGGGGAUUUCCAGUAGUGCCGACAACCAAUAGGAGGCGAGCUUAAUGAGGAAACGCUGCGCUUCUGUAAAGUUGGUCGUCAUCUCACCGUUGAGGCUUUUCACAUGGCGUUUGUAGGAGACACCAUCGCGGUACUUCACCCUCACCGAAGCCCUCUUUGACUGGCUGACGUUCUACCGAGAUUACGUCAAUUGCUUCUGGCUGAAGACAUGGACGUUUAUAACCGUACGCCUGAGAGAGGGCUGUCCGACUUUGACCUCAUCCAGGAGAUCAUCACAGAGGACCGUACAGGUGUGUCGCUCCCGAGGCCGCCACCUCCUCCCGCCGAGCUGUGCAACCAGAACCACAGGAUGCUGCGUCAGAGCCCCUCUUCGCCGCCGUCUCAGCCAGUACUAGUGAGCAGAGGCACUGCGUGUCAGUCAAGCUGCACCUUCACCCAGCCUCUUCAGCAGCUCUGCUCCCCCCAAGAUAUGUCACACCCCCCGCCAUCCUCCGCCCAUCAUCAGCACCACCACCAUCAUCAUCAAGCCGGAUCCUCUCGACGUGGCCCAUCGUGUCGGAUGACCUCCAAGACCGCCAGCGCCAUCUCCUCUAAGGGGCGCAGAGGAGAGGCGGAGAUGCUGGAGCGUGUUCUGGAGAAGCCCAAACUGGUUGUGGUGGAGCAGCCCAAAGAACGAGGCAUGAGGUUUCGCUACGAGUGCGAGGGCCGCUCGGCCGGCAGCAUCUUGGGGGCGUCUGGGACUGAAAGCAACAAGACUCAGCCUGCCAUAGAGAUCGAAGGCCCCAUCGACCACUUGAAGAAGGUGACAGUCACUGUUUCCCUGGUGACCAAAGACCCGCCACACCGGCCACACCCACACUGCCUGGUGGGAAAGGACUGCCCCAACAGGUCGGGAAUCUGCGUGGUGACGCUGAAUCCUCAAAGCAACAGACGCCACAGCUUCGCUAACUUGGGUAUCCAGUGUGUGAGGAGGAAAGAACUGGACGUCUCACUUCAAAAGAGAAGAAGCCAGAACAUCGACCCCUUUCAAACUGGUCACUCCAAAGGCAUCGAGGACAUGGACAUGAACGCGGUGCGUCUGUGUUUCCAGUGUGAGCUGGAGUGGGAAGACGGCACAACGGACAGCCUUAGCCCUGUGGUGUCCAACCCCAUCUAUGACAAAAAGGCAACCACGACAUCCCAGUUAAAAAUCAGCCAGUUGAACCAGUACAGAGGACCCUGCACUGGAAAGACGGAGAUUUACAUGCUGUGCGACAAAGUGCAGAAAGAUGACAUCGAAAUAAUCUUCAGGCGUGGAUCGUGGAAGGCAAACGGUGAGUUCGCCCAAACGGACGUUCACCGGCAGAUCGCCAUCGUGUUUAAAACCCCGCCAUACCAGGACCAGGACAUCACAGAGGAAGUGGACGUCAGCGUCACGCUACGCCGUCUCUCGGACCAGAUGGAGAGCGAGGCCAUCAACUUCACGUACCUACCGUACAACUCAGAUCCGUAUGAGGUGAAGAGGAAGAGGAAGAUCAAGUCCGACAUCAGCUUCCAGGAGAAAGCCAACGUGACGGCCGAGUGUGCAGCGUCAACGUCGGCAACAGAGCAGACCUGCCACUUCCCUCACGCCGUCAUGUCACCAAACGAGAGGACGUGCCCAGCCCAGCUGGGGCCCUCGACCUUGGGGGAGAUGUGCUACACUGAAUCCCAGGACUCCAACAUGGACACUGAUGACAUGGCCCUCAUUAACCAGCUGCUGGAACACCCCGUCUUCAUGGACAUGCUCUCGGACCAGGCCAUCACCUCCGCUAUCCCGUCUGGAUUCGAUCAGAGCCCAGAUGGCGGCGGGCAGACCUUCUUCGCCAACAUGGAUGCCAACCGGAACCAGAACUUUGGCUUGUACACGCAGGACUUUUCCCACUAUUCAGACUUGCAGUUCAACAUGCUAGUCAAUGAGAACCGGAACAUGCAGCCGCCUGAGACGCAGGCCAGCCCGUCCAACGCGGUGCAGGUGAAGAUAGAAGACGAUCUAUGAGUACAGGAAGCACCAGGAAAUAGUCCGUGCCACAUAAACAUCCAGACGUUUUCUGUCAGGUAACGAUAUACAAAACAUUUUAGCAGUCAUCGAGCUUUGUGCUGGAGUUUUUCCAAAACAAUCAUCAUUGAAAAACAAUAGUUUAUUAAUUUUUUUUUAUUAAAAAUGUUAAAAACCAUCAUUGACAAGGCCUUUUAAAACUAAAAGUUAAUUUGUCUUAACAGCCUGCCAAAAUCCAGCCAUUUCAGUAAGCGACACUACAAAUAAAGUCUUAUUGGACACUACUUGGCUGCACGGUGGUCGAGUGGUUAGCGCGCAAACCUCACAGCUAGGAGACCAGGGUUCAACUCCACCCUCGGCCAUCUCUGUGUGGAGUUUGCAUGUUCUUCCCGUGCAUGCGUGGGUUUUCUGCAGAUACUGCGGUUUCCUCCCACAAUUGGCAACUCCAAAUUGUCCAUAGGUACGAAUGUGAGUGUGAAUGGUUGUUUGUCUAUAUGUGCCCUGUGAUUGGCUGGCGACCAGUCCAGGGUGUACCCCGCCUCUCGUCUGAAGACAGCUGGGAUAGGCUCCAGCACGCCCCCGCGACCCUUGUGAGGAUAAGCGGUAGAAAAUGAAUGAAUGAAUGAAUGAAUGGACACUACUUUUUUCCUGCAGGUCCUCCCCCCAUCUUGUUUUUUAACAUAAAAAUGACAAAAAGAAGCUUCCUUUGUCUGUUAUAUUUGUUUUUGCCUGUCAUGUUUUACGCUGACUUUCUGAGUCCUUAAAGCACAUGUGUCAUGGACAAUUAUGCAAAUAGGAUGAUGACAUCCAUCAUCCCACUGCCACAAAUACAUUGUAGUCCUGUGUGGAACGCUGAUAUCUUCAACUGUCCAUUAAUGAAUGGUGAAGGCCUUGCUGGUCAUGGCUUUAGUGAAAGAGGAGCUGGUCAGCAUUGCCAAAUGUGUGUACGUGUGUGUUUCACUUUGUUAGCAUGUAGCUUAGCUGUUAUUCUAUAACUGUCUGUGACGGCCGGAUACGAUUCCAUAAACUGUUCUCUGAGCGACAUAGUGAAGAUGAUUGUUUUUAUUGUUAUUAUUAUUAUUAUUAUUACCAAAGAUGUAUGAGAAUCCAGUGGAACGUCUUAAAAUAACAUGUAGAAGAAAAACACCACACAAGAACACCUUCAAUGUACCUUCGUUUCGAACUAAAAUCCAAAUAUGCUUGUAUAACAUUCCCAUGUAAAGACUGAGAGUACUGUCACUACAUCAAG